AUGGCACCUACACUUCUUCGCAGUUCCUUCCGAGCUGUACAUCGGGCUAUGGCUAGCAGCUCUCGAGUCGCUCGUCCCACUGUCCAACAGCACAACGCCCGUACCUGGGUUCGCGCUACUCAGGCUAACAUGUACUCGACCGGCAAGGGAUCGGGAUCGGAAUCAGGAUCAGGAUCAAAUGUCGGCGAUGAUGAUAUUCUGGAUGCCAUGUUGGCUGGCAUGGAUAUGGAUUUCAAAGUGGCAACACCCACUACUUCAGCAGAAACCUCUACUGAAUCAUCAAAACCAUCAUCCGAAGACCCCACAUCCACAUCAACAUCAGGAGAAACGACCGAUCCUGAACCAACAUUUGUUGGACAGCCUGUUGAUAUCGAGAAAAGGCUCAAGAGUCUUAUGCCUGAAUUCAUGUCAUACGGAGGCCAAUUGGCACCCAAACCCAAAUCCGCAUUGAAUGACAGCCCUUCGUCCAACUCACUGACGAUUGCUCAGCUUUUGGCUGCAGGGUUGCAUCUCGGUCACAGCACCUCUCUCUGGAACGUGGCCUCGAUGCCCUUUGUCUUCGGCGUUCGUGAAGGAAUCAGCAUCAUCAAUUUGGAGCACACUCUGACGCACCUUCGUCGUGCCUGCACUGUCGCCAAGGCUGUUGCCCGUCAGGGAGGCAUCAUCUUGUUCAUUGGAACGCGCCCUGGUAUGGACCAUGUGACGAUCGACGCUGCAAAGACCUGCAACGCCUACUAUGUCGCCUCGAAGUGGUGCCCAGGCACGAUCACCAACGCCCAGGAGAUUGUCGGCCCUCAUACGCCUCGCUUGCCUGAUGCCCAUGCUGGAGAUCUUGCCAAGCCCUUCCGCCCAGAUCUGGUCAUUGUUCUGAACCCGAUUGAGAAUAUGAUUGCUAUCAAGGAGGCAACUCGGUUCAACAUCCCAACUAUUGCGAUUACAGAUACGGAUGUCGACCCUCGCAUCGUGUCCUACCCUAUUCCCGCAAAUGAUGAUUCUGUCCGCGGUGUGGAGCUGGUGGCGAAGGUUCUUGCGGAAGCUGCCAAGGAGGGAAAUGCAUUGGCGUUGGAGGCCUCGAAGUGGCAGUCAAGACAGAGGAUCGAGGGACGCGUGGAUCGCAUGAAGGCAUGGAGCGCGCGUGCAUAA